AUGCCUUUUAAAGCAUUUGAUACCUUUAAAGAAAAGAUUUUGAAACCUGGAAAGGAAGGAGUGAAGAAUGCUGUGGGAGAUUCGCUGGGGAUUUUGCAAAGAAAAAUUGAUGGGACCAAUGAGGAGGAAGAUAACAUUGAACUGAAUGAAGAAGGCAGGCCCGUGCAGGCAUCCAGGGCACGCCCCCCGCUCUGCGACUGCCACUGCUGUGGCAUCCCUAAGCGUUACAUCAUUGCCAUCAUGAGUGGGCUGGGAUUCUGCAUUUCCUUUGGGAUUCGGUGCAAUCUUGGAGUUGCCAUUGUGGAAAUGGUCAACAACAGCACUGUAUAUGUGGAUGGAAAACCAGAAAUUCAGAUGGCACAGUUUAACUGGGAUCCAGAGACAGUGGGCCUUAUCCAUGGAUCUUUUUUCUGGGGUUAUAUUGUGACACAAAUUCCAGGUGGUUUCAUUUCAAACAAGUUUGCUGCUAACAGGGUUUUUGGGGCUGCCAUCUUCUUAACAUCGACCUUGAACAUGUUCAUUCCUUCUGCGGCCAGAGUGCACUACGGCUGUGUCAUGUGUGUCAGGAUUUUGCAGGGUCUAGUGGAGGGUGUGACUUACCCAGCCUGCCAUGGGAUGUGGAGCAAGUGGGCACCACCUUUGGAGAGAAGUCGGCUGGCCACGACUUCCUUUUGUGGCUCCUAUGCAGGUGCCGUGGUUGCCAUGCCUCUGGCUGGGGUACUGGUGCAGUACAUUGGAUGGGCCUCCGUCUUUUACAUUUAUGGUAUGUUUGGGAUUAUCUGGUACAUGUUUUGGCUGUUGCAGGCCUAUGAGUGCCCUGCAGCUCACCCCACAAUCUCCAAUGAGGAGAAGACAUACAUAGAGACAAGCAUAGGAGAAGGCGCCAACUUGGCCAGUCUAAAUAAAUUUAAUACACCAUGGAAAAGAUUUUUCACAUCAUUGCCGGUUUAUGCAAUCAUUGUGGCAAAUUUUUGCAGAAGUUGGACCUUUUAUCUACUCUUAAUAAGUCAGCCUGCUUAUUUUGAAGAGGUCUUUGGAUUUGCAAUAAGUAAGGUGGGUCUCUUGUCGGCAGUCCCACACAUGGUGAUGACAAUUGUCGUGCCAAUCGGAGGGCAACUGGCUGAUUAUCUAAGAAGCAGGAAAAUUUUGACCACGACUACUGUCAGAAAGAUCAUGAACUGUGGAGGUUUUGGCAUGGAGGCAACCUUGCUCCUGGUGGUUGGUUUUUCCCAUACCAAAGGGGUGGCUAUCUCCUUUCUGGUGCUUGCUGUAGGAUUUAGUGGCUUUGCCAUUUCAGGUUUUAAUGUCAACCACCUCGACAUUGCCCCCCGCUAUGCCAGCAUUCUCAUGGGAAUCUCAAAUGGAGUGGGAACCCUCUCUGGAAUGGUCUGUCCCCUCAUUGUUGGUGCAAUGACCAAGCACAAGACCCGAGAGGAAUGGCAGAAUGUCUUCCUUAUAGCUGCACUGGUGCACUACAGUGGCGUGAUCUUCUAUGGUGUCUUUGCUUCUGGGGAGAAACAGGAGUGGGCUGACCCAGAGUCUCUCUCUGAGGAGAAAUGUGGAAUCAUUGACCAAGAUGAAUUAGCUGAGGAGACAGAACUCAACCAUGAGAAUUUUGUGAGUCCCAGAAAGAAGAUGUCUUAUGGAGCCACCACUCAAAAUUGUGAAUUCCAGAAGAAGGAACAUAGAGGAAUGAUCCUUGAGGAGGAAGAACUGACGUCCUACCAGAAUGAAGAGGGGAACUUCUCAGAUACAUCCUAA